AUGAAGGUCCUUGCAAUUGCCAGCGUAGCUUUACUCCAGAUCAGCGGAGCAUUGGCUCAGGCCUGGGGUCCCCCCUCGGGAGCUAUCAACUGGGGCGGUCUCCAGCACAUCCGUGUCUACGCCGUUGACCCGCAGGGAAACCUCAGGGAAUGGCAGUGGGACGGCAAUGGCUGGGGCGGGCCAAGCUACAUCGGCGGUGCCGCGGUACCUGGAACUACCGUUACCGCUGUUAAUGACGGGUCUCUUCUGCGUGUGUAUUACAAGCACACGAGUGGUUUCAUUAAGGAGAGAGUUUAUGAAAAUGGCUGGGUUGAUGGAGCCACGUUCCCGUGA